UCUUUUUUCUUUUUCGAGUUAAAAUUCUUCAUGUCCCGAGAAAACCAUUCGAAUGAUCCUGACACGUACCUUAUAGAGUCAAGUGUACCUGAUGUUCGAGCACUUGAGCUAAAAACACGUCAUGCUAUUGAAGCACAAAAACAAGAGUUACGCGCCAUGGUUGGGAACAAGUAUCAAGAUUUGAUUUCGGCAGCAGAUACUAUUAUCACCAUGAGUAAAAAUGCACAAGCUAUCAAGACUAACUUUGAACGUAUGCAAACAAACUAUGAUGUCCAGACCAUCAAAGCCAAUGCAAAAAAGGCACUUGAAUUACGCGAUCAAAAAAACAAUUCAACUAUUGUAGACACGAAGCGACGUUAUGUUUAUUGUAUUGCGGCCUUGGUCAAAUCAUUGGCUGAUGUGCCUGAACAGAUGUGGCAUGCGAUGGAAAAUCAUCGGUACCUUCAUGCGAGUCGAUUGUUUGUCUUGGCUGAAAAAGUCUAUGAUUACCUCGAACAAGAAAAACAAAAGUCAUUUGUGGAUAUUGAGGUUGCAUUUCCUGUGAUUCAGAGACAAUGGGAUGCAGUGAGUGCAUUUAAACAACACAUUAUUCAACGCUCUUUGCAUUAUCUUUGUAUUUCAGAACAAACACCCGAGCAUUUGGCUGAAAUCAUGGUGGGAUUGAUGCUAUUAGACAACAUGUCCUAUCAAGACACACUUCAAAAGAUGUUGGACAUGAGACUAAAUGUGAUUCGAGAGAUCAUUCAACAGCACAAGACACACCGUCUUUCGCACCAACUAAAAGAGAUCACAACCGUAUUUAAACGUACGCUAAUACAGACCUUUUCCAUUUUUGUGCCUACACAACACACCAGUCUGAUUGAAUCCUUUGUGGCUUCUUUUCAACAGACGUUUCUUAUACCCUCUAAAUCAAGCCAUGGGAAUGAAACACCCAGUCAACCAGCCAUCACACGGUUAUUUUCGCCCAGUUCCAAUGUACAUCUGAUGGUUCGCUAUCUUCCAGAUACACUUCAGACGUAUUUACCUGUCUUUGAUCCCUCCAGUCCACUCACACAUCAGGAUGUACAAGCCAUGGUGCGUGCAUGGACAAAGCAUGUCGAGCAGUAUCUUCAACACCAUCUGAGUCAACCCUUAGCGGCUAUCCAAAGCCAUGCUGAUUUAGUCCAGCUACGUACACAGGUGUUUGAAUCAUUAGAGCAACACGACACAUCAUGGCAAACAGCCAGUGACAGCCUGCUGUCUUCUUAUUCUAUCUGGCAUGGUCUUUAUCGUGACACAUUCAAUGCCUAUGCCAGAUCCAUGGUGGAUACUGCCCUCAACACACUUGCUCAACAACCACAAAAGGUAUGGCAAACAGUCAUGGAAGCAUCUCAGCAAGCAGAUUUCUCAGUCACAAUGCAUGUUUGGCCUGAUAUGACAGACCAACAUCACCAUGCGUUUCGUUUACCUCAUCUAUCGAGUGCUGAAGAAAUCAAAGCCUUCACUCGCGAUUUAGCAGAAACAGUGCACGAUAGAACAAACGAUCUGCAUCGACUGCAAGAUGCGUUUGAUACCACAUUAGCUCGUAUUCGAAAAGAUAUUCAAGUCUAUUUAAGCAUGGAAGGUGCAUGCGAUACAAAAGAGGAUACAGAGACAAUCAAGACUUAUUUCGAGAACCAAUGCUUAGACACCGUCAUGGCUUAUGCAUAUCAACUUCAAGCCUUCAUAGAGCGUAUUGCUGCAUGGACAGAUCAAAACAAGAUCAACCAUGGGUCCAUUUUUCUGGGUCGACUGGCAAAGAACAUUGGAUGUCUUUCUAAAGAAUUACCCAAGGCAUUGUCUGUCUCUCUUGAUACGAUGCCUGUAUUUGAGUUACGCAGUCGUAUACAUCAAGAUCUCAAGUAUACACAAGUACAAGAUAAAUUAUUGUAUGUGUAUCAUCAAUCACAUACACCUUGGCUUGAUUGGCUAGAAAAGAAAUUUGCCCAAGACCUUGAAUCAACACUUGUCUUGACAAAAUGGAAUGAUACAUGUCCUUCUAUCACAGUUUGGGAAAAUGUGGAACAAGACAUCAAGAUACCAACACAAUCAACAAACGACAUUGUAAAAAACCUGUAUUUUGUGUGUGAAGAAAUCCAACGUAUCAAUAGUACCAUGAUAGAUCAGACAAUCAUGACACAAUUAAGAGAAAAGUUACUUCAUGUAGUGAAUAGAGUUUAUCAGACACAUAUGGAAAGAUUAGAGAUGACGGAGAAUGGUGCCUUACAGCUGAUAUUUGAUUAUCUGUUUCUUUCCAGCCUGUUUGAACAUACAAACAGCACUGUGAUUCAAUUCUUAAAGCAACAGGUUGACCCCAUCAACUGGGCAAGUUAUGAGUAUCACUUAAAAUCCCAGGUCAACAAAUUCUAUAUCAGACAAUCCUUGAUAUUGGGUGUACUUACGCAUGCUACUCAUGAAACAUAUGAAAGGUAAACUUUACAUUCCAACACACAAACAAUAAUCUUGUUUUCUAGGGCUCGAAAAGUCAUCACAAACCAACAAGGACAACACAACGUACUGCCUUUAGCACCUCAAGCAUCAAGGUUUACUUUACUUCCCAUUGGUCAUUUAGUUUCUUCGGUACGAGCAAAAUAAACAUUGUUGGUUCAAAUUUCAAUCUUGAUUGUAAUAAAUAAUACAAUGUCAUUCUUGACAAGCGUUCUUUAUUCUC